AUGAACACACCCCACAUCAGUAACCUCCAGGGCAAUGCCAAUCAAACCCCCAUGCGACACCCUCCGACGGCCACUGUCAACACAGCAGACACAACGCAGCUGGCGAGGGUGCGCGGGACUCAGGACUCGGCGCGCUGCUGGUGGGCACGGAACACGGGGCAGCUGCCGCGGAAAACAAGCCGGGGUCUGAGGAGAUGGGAGAAGGACCAGGCCAUGUGCGCAGCGUCCCAGCCGCAGACAGGCCCCAGCGGACGGCUCUGCCUGGGCGAGGCAGCCUCCGCCCUGGGUGCUGCUGCAGGAUGGAGAGCAAACACCACCAUCCUAGAGAAGACGCUCAUCGCCGUCAGCAUCCCUCUGGAGGGCAAGAAGCAGAUGUGGCGGCAUGACGUCAUCCCCAUCCUGGUGCACCUGCUGAGGGACCCGGUGGAGGAGGUGAAGGCCAACGUCGCGGGGGCCCUCAUGUAUGCCACGGUGACCACGGAAGGGAAGUACGCGGCCCUGGAUGCGGACGCCAUCCACUCGCUGCUGGGUCUGCUGGUCUCGUCCUUGCAGAAGGCCCGCCUGAACGCCGUCAAGGCCCUCACCAUGCUGGCGGAGGCCCCCGAGGGCCGCAAGAUCCUGAAGGCCCACGUGCACGCCUUCCGAGUCCUGGAAGUGGAGGACCCCAGCAAGACUGUGCAGCGGGCGGCCCAGGUGGCCAUCAAGGUCAUCGAGUGGAGACCCUGAGCCUCUCCUACGGCCAGACCCGAAUAAACGGGCCCGAUAGCUUUCUCUCGGGUCUGCAUGUCACUUGAUGUUAA